GAGUUGCAAAGCAUGUUAGCUGGAGAAUGGUAGCUUCAAAGCUGCCGGAGAAAACCCUUUCGUUUUCCCGGUUCUUGCUGCGUGCCGAGGUGUUGAAGCUGUACAGGCAGUUUGGCCGCACUCUGCAGUGUGUGCCUGAUAAGAGUCACAGAGCAGAGCUGCAGACCUGGGUGCGGACUGGGUUCAAACAGAAUAUCGGACUGGAAGAUGAACUAGCCAUCAAGAUGUGUAUCAGCCAAGCUCAGAAGCAGCUGAAGGAACUUGAGAGGAUGUUGAAAUUGUCUCAGGUAUCAAAGUGAACUUCAUGUCACGGCAUUUGCCAGAAAAAGUUCAGUCAAGAAGUAACAUAUGGUAAAAAGUGGAGCCAGUGAAGACUUCUGUUACUUUAUUUCCAACAACUGCACAAGUGUGCAGUGAACCUCAGAUAAGCUAAUCUAUACAUACAGCACAAAUGUCAUGUGAUGACUCUACCUCACUCAGUUGUCACUUUACACGUGUCACUCCACAUGACACAUGGUGCCAUGCUCUGGCUGCAGUGUACCCUGGUGAUAUUGGUGACAGAUAUCAAAACAUUACUGGCUGAGAAGUGACGUGACAGCUCUGCACACAAUUCCAAAGUAUGGACCUCCAGGAGGCACAGUGGCCCCUACAGAGUGUGGAAGGAACAUAACAGUACCUUGCAACAUGUUGAACUUUCUGUGUAAACUGACAUCUGGCUUGUCUGCAUCUGACAAAUUUCCGUGUUGAGAAAGAGAUUGUGAAACCCUUUUAAAAGCCUUAAUUUUUUCACCUAAUAGCGAGACAGAGAAGGUUUGCAGCGAUUAGUCAAACUCCCUUCAGUUGAGUGGCUACUAUGAAAUACUCUGAAUACAGAGAAGGUUACUCAGUGGUUGAUGUGAGGUAAUCACCCUCUCCACCACACCUGCACUGAAAUCCUGGUUUUCCUUAACCACAAUGUUGAUAACACAUUUUUCCGUUAAGUAAAAAUUCUGAAUUUCAUAUAACUUAUUUAUAAAUCAUACUAGUAUAAUAUUUAUGUCAUCAGUUAAAAAGGAAAUAAAAUGGAAUUAUAAUUCAGGAUAUUUGCCCUUGUUUUG